CCAUCUUUCUUUUCUCUCUCACGCUAGACGGUGAAGGUGUAACAAUAUUCGGUCGUCCCGAAUCCGGGUUCAUCCGACACCCUCACUGAAUCGAGCUGAACUGACUGAGUCGCUUCUACUGCAGCAACAUGCCUCCUAAAUGCGACCCAAAUGAAAUCAAAGUCGUGUUCAUGAGGUGCACAGGAGGAGAAGUUGGUGCCACCUCUGCUCUGGCCCCCAAAAUCGGCCCCUUGGGUCUGUCUCCCAAGAAAGUGGGUGACGACAUCGCCAAGGCGACCGGUGACUGGAAGGGCCUGAGAAUCACUGUCAAGCUGACCAUCCAGAACAGGCAGGCAGCGAUUGAGGUGGUGCCCUCUGCCUCCGCCCUCAUCAUCAAGGCCCUGAAGGAGCCUCCCCGUGACAGGAAGAAGGUCAAAAACAUCAAACACAGCGGCAGCGUGACCUUGGAUGAGAUCAUCGGCAUCGCCCGUGUGAUGAGGCCUCGCUCCAUCGCCAGGGAGCUGUCCGGCACAAUUAAGGAAAUCCUGGGCACCGCCCAAUCAGUGGGCUGCACCAUUGAUGGGCGUGCUCCCCAUGAUGUCAUCGAUGACAUCAACAGUGGGAAAGUGGAGUGCCCUUCUGAGUAAAUCAAUGGACCAAAAGACAAGAAAAUAAAAAUGAUCAAAAAGGCA